AUGAAUGAAUUAUCUUUACCAACUGAUAGCGCUGUAAAGUCCAAAAUAGCUUGGCGUUCGUUAUUUUCGAAUCUUAGGUGUAUACAAGUACCACUAACUGAAGUACCUUCGGUAAUAGAUCUAUAUACAUUUGACACAGUAUCAUCUGGAGGUGGUAGUCUUAGUGAAGGUUAUACAGUUUUGUCUCAAGACUGUACAAAUAAUGGUCGGUUGCGUGAAGGAGAUAUAAAGAGUAUUACACUUAUUGAUGAAAAUGCAAAGUGUUUAUCUAAUUUGACACUAGCAUAUGUAGAAUACCUUAAAUAUUCUGCUCAGGGCAAAUGUAAUUGGAAGGGCCACAUCGCAGUUUUUAAAGACAAACCACUUAAUCUAUGUGAUAUCGAAUGCUGUGGAAAUUAUGAUCCUGAACAUGUUAGAACAAAGCCAUAUCGAAUGGCAAAAGUAAUCAGAAAAGAAAUCGCAAGUAGAUCUACAAACACAACGCCAUCAAUGUUGGCAACAG